AAGUUUAGUGAUAAUAAAUCGGCGUUGCGCAAGAUUAGAAUUGGUAGGAAGAGCUGGAGACGAUUGUGCUUCACUUGAUGCAUCUACUCACUUGAAACGUACGUGGUGUAGCUAUAUCCUCACCAUGGUACACACAGACAGUUACAUCUUACAUCCACAUAACUCCUCCUUCCACGUGGCCAUCCGGUGACCGUCCCUCCAACCUAACUUCCCCUUAUUCAUCAUCAAAUUUUCAACCUCUCUCUGUCGCCGUCACUACUGUUAACUUAAAUCUUUAGACUGUUUAGGUACAGAUAAUUCUCUAUAUAUAUACAAGUACAAGGAAACCUAACAACACAAAUCAUCCUCAUCAUCUAUCUUCUUACGGAUUUUUUACAGAGAUCCAGAUUGUUGAGAAUGUCUAACCAUAAUGCGGAAAUUGAGGAGAUCAGGAAAAGGCAGAGGGCUCAAGGUCCUGCUAAUAUUCUAGCUAUCGGCACCGCCACGCCUUCCAACUGCGUCUACCAGGCGGAUUAUCCUGAUUACUACUUUCGGAUCACCAAUUCCGAGCAUAUGAGCGAUCUCAAACUCAAAUUCAAGCGAAUGUGUGAAAAAUCUAUGAUCCGAAAGCGUUACAUGUACAUAACAGAAGAAUAUCUAAAAGAAAACCCUAAUGUGUGCGCCUACGAGGCGCCGUCUCUGGACGCGCGCCAGGACCUGGUGGUGGUGGAGGUGCCGAGGCUAGGGAAAGAAGCUGCAGCUAAAGCGAUCAAAGAGUGGGGUCACCCCAAGUCCAAGAUCACUCACCUCAUUUUCUGCACCACUUCUGGUGUAGACAUGCCCGGGGCAGACUACCAGCUGACCAAGCUCCUCGGUCUCCGCCCCUCCGUCAAGCGCUUCAUGAUGUACCAGCAGGGCUGCUUCGCCGGCGGCACGGUGCUCCGUCUCGCCAAGGAUCUCGCCGAGAACAAUGCCGGCGCGCGCGUCCUCGUCGUCUGCUCCGAGAUCACCGCCGUCACUUUCCGCGGCCCUUCUGAUUCCCACCUGGACUCUUUAGUUGGCCAGGCUCUUUUCGGUGACGGCGCGGCGGCCGUCAUUGUCGGGUCGGACCCGGAUCUGUCCGUGGAGCGCCCGCUCUUCCAGCUCAUCUCCGCGGCCCAGACGAUUUUACCCGACUCCGACGGGGCCAUCGACGGGCAUCUCCGCGAAGUGGGCCUCACCUUCCAUCUCCUCAAAGACGUCCCGGGCUUGAUCUCCAAGAACAUCGAGAAGUCGUUGAAGGAAGCGUUCGGGCCUAUCGGCAUAUCGGACUGGAACUCCUUGUUCUGGAUAGCCCAUCCGGGCGGCCCGGCUAUCCUGGACCAGGUAGAGCUCAAGUUGGGCCUGAAAGAAGAGAAAAUGCGGGCGACCCGACAGGUGUUGAGUGAUUAUGGGAACAUGUCAAGCGCAUGUGUGCUCUUUAUUCUUGACGAAAUGAGGAAGAAGUCUAUUGAAGAAGGGAAAGCCACCACUGGAGAUGGUUUGGACUGGGGCGUUCUUUUCGGGUUCGGGCCGGGUCUUACUGUCGAAACCGUUGUGUUGCAUAGCGUACCCGCGACUAUUACUCACUGAAGUUGCUUCAUAUGAUUUGUGUUGCAUAUACAUACUAUAUGGUACGUGUUUGUUAUUUUGUUGCUUCAGCUCUGCGUGCUCAUGCAUCUCGUGUUAAGUUUACCCUGCUUUUCAAAUAUGUAUUGUCGGUUGUUCAAUAAAGAUCGAUAUUCUUUUCCUCGCUUGUAACGUAUUUACAAAAUUUCAUAUGUAUUCCUUAAAUUCCUCUUUAAUGAUAUAAACCUCGUCGAUUAAGUA